AUGCGCGUUAUUAUCAACGCGCAGUUUUUACUGGUAUUUGCGCUAUAUGUCGCGCAAAUCAUGCAAAUUUGUGGUGACGAUGAUGGAGUUGCCAAUAUGAAAUAUGAAAUUUUAAAACUCGAUGAGUAUAUUUCCUUGGCAGCGAAACGAGAAAUAUCGCAAAGCAAAGGUAAGUUUUAAGACAAUACUAAAUACGAUCAUUUGGAUUGAUUUACAAAGAAAUAUUGGUUAAUAUGUCUACAAGCAUGACUGCCCGUUAUAUUGCGUUGGUAUACAUACCACACAUUUUGGUAUAGAAUAGCCAAUAGGCGCUUUAUUUACACAACAUUAACAAAGGUCGCCUAGUGAGAAUGUUACCCAAUUCAGACAAUUCACAACUUUAGACAUGCCUAAUUACCAUUGUUCUAGUUUACAGAAUUAAAUAACUCCUAUACAUAAUUCUAAUAUGCAUAGUUGCCUUUGUUCUAUUCUAUGCUUUUGUAAACUAGAACAAAUGUAAACUAGGCAUGUGAGUUAUCUAAAAUUGUGAAUUUGGUAGCGACCGUAGAUCUGGUAGCAACAUUGUAAACCACGUUAGAUAAAUUUGUCUAUAUAUUAAACUAGGUUACCCACAGGGCAGUAAUGCUGCCUUUGAUAGCAAAAGACAAACUACAGGGUGUUGAACGAGUCCUUCAGAAACAUCCUAUUAUUGUUAUCCUAGCCUGCGUAGCGGCUCUCAGAGACUUUCUCUGAUAGCCGCUACGCAGGCUAUUGUUAUCCUUGUUAACCCAUUUAUUGACAGCACGGCCCUACCACUGACUGAGUAUUAAAAAUCGUCUGGCGUUGGACAGGGUAAAUACUAAAGUCAUUACUGUGCUGAUGGAUUAACAAGAGCCAUUGGCAGAUAGGUUUGUUAACCCAUUUACUGGCAGUACCCUGUACCACUGACGAGUAAAAUUUUCUGGCGCUGGACAAGGGACUGGCGCAUUGUCAGCUAAUGGGUUAAACCACCGUGGUUAAACAUAAGAUUUGAUGCUCCAGGAAAUGUAAACAAACUAUCAGUGUGACAUCCCAGUUUAUAUAUUUAUACACUCGGAAUAUUGAUUUCUCGGUAAAUACAAAAUUAUUUUAAAGUACCGGGUGGCCCAAAAAAAAGUACUCCUGUUUGAUUCGUAAUAACUUCUAAACAAGUAAAGUUUUUAAAGAGAAAUAACUUGCAUUAAAUAGAGGAAGGACUAACUUAGAUUUGGAUAUAUUACAGUUGUAUUUAACUUAAAAAUUCACGGAGAUAUUAAUGUUAAAAAUGGGGAGCAUAUUUUGGAAUGUGUCUAAAAUUAGCGAAAAUCGGCAUAUCAAAUAUUAACUCCAGCGUUUGUUUGCUUAAUGACAUAUUAGGCUAACUUGUAUUUCAGCGAAUUAUCGUUAAGGUUUGUAAGGGAUAUGGCGCAGAUUUAGACAUCUUACAUGUAAGUCUUAGCUCAUUGUUUCCUGAAAUAUGAACGUUCGAAAUUAUGCAAGUAUUUAAUAUUAGGUCUUUGCAAACUUAAAUGUACAUGAAAGACUGACCAUGGAAGGCAGGCGCUUAAAUUUUUCGUAUUCUUAAAUAGCCUAAUUUUUUAUGUUUUUAAUGGGUUCAAACAGACUGAGUAGAUUAUUUCUCGGUUAGAGCAGGAUGAAUAUUCUUUAUUGAAGGAAAUAAUAUUGCUUUUUGCAAAUACACAUCACCGUAUCAACGCUACUAUUUUGUUACAUUUUGUUCCAAAAAUGUUGCAUGUCUCUGGGGAGUUGCAAAUUGCUUAAUUGUUAUGUCUUAUGGAGUUGUAUGGUUUGAUUGUGUUUCAUAUAAUUCUCAGUUUACUCCAUAAACUUGCCAAGAUUAAGAAAUGGCAAAAGAGUUUGGGUGUUCUUAACAAGAUUUCAGAACGUUGCAGAAGUUAGAAGAGCUUCACAAUUCCGUUGUGACAGCAUGCCCUAAUUCAGAACUACGAACGAUCCAAUGACGAUCCUUCGCAAUGCAGUGGUCUCAUGAAAUAAGGAAACGUAUUCCUGCUAGGAACACACGCGAAUUUCGGACGAAUGAAUCUUGCUUGUAUUUUGUAGAUAUAAUAAUACUUUGUUUCAUAAUAAAUAAUUUGUCAAGUGUCAUUUAUUUACUGGUAAUAGUGCAUGUUUCAGUCGGGCAAAUCUUGAUUAAUAUUUGAUACGCCGAUUUUUGCAUAUUUCAGACACAUCCAGAAAUAUCCUCCCGAAUUUAAAGAUUAAUAUCUCCGUGAAUUUUUAAGUCGGAAAUACAACUGUAAUAUAUCAAAGUCUAAGUUAGUCCUUCCUCUAUUUGAUGCAAGUUAUUUCUCUUUAAAAGCUAUACUUGUUUAGAUGUUAUUACGAAUCAAACAGGAGUACUUUUUUUUGGGCCACCCGGUAUAACAACCAGCGAAGACGUAAGCCACUAACUACCCUGCGCGGCUGCGCGCAGACUAUAUAAUGACAUAUAUAUAUUAUCCGUCCGGUCCGUCCGUCGCCAUCCGUCCGUCAUUCAUCCGUCCGUCCGUAUCCCCGUUUUAUCCUAACUCGUUUUUAAAACACAAAGUUUGCAUAAUUAAGGCAGUGCGGUUCGUCAUGAUCAACAUUUUCAAAAGCGGCCAAUUAGACCAGGGGUUAAAGGGCAAUGACAAUGACAUGCAGGUGACAUUUAACAUUGUGUCUCACUAAUUAAAAUUUGCGUGUUUAUUAAUAAUAAUGUUUAUGAAAGAAAGCAAAAAUAUAUACAAGACAAUCUCACAUGUGAAAUUGUUUCACUUCGUACUGCCUUGUGAUGCAGUACAAGUAUAAACACCAAAUGACAAAGCAUUUGUAAAUCCUAAAACAUAAUUAAAUCAUGCUAUCGUAUUUCAACCGCGCGUUUAUACUGCUUGGCGCAUUCGCUGCGUUAUAUUCAUUUAUAUACACAGAAAAGCAUGUCAUUGUCUUUGCGGACCAUAGGCAAAAAGCAUUCGUCAACCACAUACCAAAUUUAAAAUUGCAAAAGCACCGCGUAUAUAAAUGGUGAAAGCACCGCGUAUAAUGCUGGAACCACAGCGUAUAAUACUGGAACCACCGCGUAUAAUGGCGAAAGCACCGUGUAUAAUGCCGAAAGCGCCGCCGUAUAAUGCUAAAAGCACCCAACAAAUUGCCGUUUGAUCACUUUAAGCCAGCUAUGGCUUUCCAUAAAAGAAGACCAAAGAUGAAAGAUGAUCACAUUGCCUGUUUGCCUUAUGCUCGACCGCGCUGCACCACGGUUAAAAUUCACUGGUACCGUCAUGCAAUGCGCCAAAUAGAAAAUUUUGAUAUCGACCCACAAAACAAAAUUAGGAUCUGCUGCCUUGCUCGCUCGCUUCAGGCUCGCUCGCUGCGGCAGCAAAAAAAGAGAAGAUCGAUAAGAUUCUAAAAUAUUCAGGUUGGAAUCAAACACGCUUUGGUAGAGAUCUAAUGAGUAAUGAGUAAUAUCAGUCUUAUCGGAGUUAUCGCUAGUUGUGGUUUUCAUUUGGUCAUAAAUCAGAAUGUUUGCUUGUCUUUUGUGUAUUAUCGUUUAUCAUGAGAAAUUACAUGACAGAUGGAAAGAUUUGUCGGUAGACUGAUAGUCUGAUAUAAAAUUAAGGUGGCAUAGCCAUAGCUCCCUUAUGCCUGGUUCACAUACACCUGCGGUAUAUCGGCAGGCUAUUGUCGUAGCAGUUCAACCAAAUAAUUCAUCAACAGCUGUAAACAAUGAUAGCGCAGGAAUACGUGAACCAGGCUUUAAUUAAAGCCAGUUUUCCACUGUCGAAGUCAUUAGUCCCACUCUAGUGGUCAGGAAACGAAGAAAUACGCUACGUUUCGGUACGAUUGAAGUGGAAAACUGGCUUAAAAGAUCGAAUAGAAGGAGCAUGGGAGAUGGAAUGAUUCUGUACGGAAACUGUCGGAAAGCCUUGACCUCAAUAGCAUUUCGCGUGUAGAGUCUUUGGUCCGCAGCGGGGUCGCGAUUAUUCAAGGCGGUGGCCGAUGUUGUAUACUGUAUCUUUCUAGUGGUAAUUAACUGUAGCUUCGAGAGUGGCUGGUGUGGAUUUCAAAAUGAAAAACAAGAUGAUUUUGACUGGACGUUGACAAGCAAGAGCACUCCAAGUGUUGGAACUGGCCCAAAACACGAUAUCUCUGGCAAAGGUAAAUUCACCCUGAUUAUAUUAGACGAAUAUCUAUAGUGAAGGGUACUUUAGUUCAGAUUGUGCCAACUUUUCAGAUAGUUAUAACUUUCAACGAAAACUGUUGAUUAAUGUAAGGAAGCCCGUAGGUCGUAAAAAGGGCUUUCCCUCCACUUCAGAGUAACGUCUACGCUAUAUACCGGAUAGCUUUUCGUAGCGACACGAAAAAGCACCUACCCGAUAGUCGAUACGGAAUAUACAAUAUUCAGAAGCUGAGCGAAACAACAUCUCUCCGUUGCAAUAAUUCCUCUGAAAAUAACGUUCCUAUUAAAAAGGUAUGGAUUGUUGUUUUUCACGUCGCUACAGAAAGCUUUCUAGUACAUUGUAAACGUAUUCUAACUAACUUUCCAAUGUUUAUUGCGAUGUUCAGCCGUCUUGCAGUCCAAAUUCUGAAAAUUAUACGUAGUCUAAUCCGCGCUUACCACGGUGCAAGAAGAUCAACCUCAUAAUUCCACCCCAAAAUCUUGUAACAGACAAAGUUCCAGUCUUCCAGAGCACGCAAAUUUAUACUGAUGUUUUUUGGGCUAUUACUGUUCCGUAGGUUCGUACAUUCACAUCGAAGCAUCAGUUCCACGUCGUAUUGAAGACACGGCAAGGCUCACAAGCUCUGUUAUUCCACCCAUGGUAUAUUGCUUACAGUUUGGUUUUCACGCUUGGGGAGACGAUAUUGGUAAACUUGCAUUGUACAGGAAAGGUCUUGAUAAUAAACGAGAUAGGAUUCUGUCCUUGGGUAAAAAUCAUGGCAAAAAUUGGCAUUUUGUUUCUGUGACAGUUGUGCAUACUUCUCGUUUUGUGGUGAGAACUUUAUAAUACUGAAUGAUAAUAAAUAUAGUGCGUCUGACAUUUCUAGGCUGCCCUUACUAGCUGGAGGUCUAGUGAAAACCAUCUCUUGUUGGUACUAAUUGAUCUAGUAGACUGACCUCAUGAGGAAACUGGAGUACCCGGAGAACUGAAAUCUUUGGUGUUUGAUAACGUCUGAUUGAAGGCACUCUUCUUUGAGUUGUUUCAUGCAACUGAGGCGAAAUUAUAAUGAGACCAAACUGCAGAACAAACAUGUUCAACCAAUUAUAUAUACAAUACAAUCUGCUUUUAUCAUAAUCAUAACCGCCUCCAUUGUUUUCUCCACUCGAGAAAGAUAGAGUUCGAAGGUGUUUGUGGUAACGGAUACAGGGGAGACAUUGCGUUGGACAAUAUCACUUUAACAGAAGGAAAAUGUCCAACCAUUCAACGGAACAACACAGGUUCGAAAAGUUGAAGUUGUAGAAAUUGUUUCUGCUUGUUUCCUCUUGUCUUUUCCCUUUAUUUAAACCUUCUUGUGUAUCUCGAGUGCCAGUGUAGGUAAAGAUGAAUAUAAACAGCAGUCUUUUGUAGAAGAUGCAACUACCUCAAAAAUCUUUCGUUUCGACCUUUCGAAACGUCGACAAUCUUUUUUUGUAUUUUUAGGUUCUUCAAAAGACUGCUGAUUCUUCUUGUGUCUACAUCUCGUCAUCUGUAAGCCCAAUCUUUUUAAUUCUUAUCCUUUGUCUCAUCUUAUCCUUUGUCUUCCUUUGUCUCAUCUUAUCCUUUGUCUUCCUUACUUCCUCUGGAUUUUUUCCUCUCCCAGGUUUCUUCGACGCCCUCUUUCUUCAUUUUCUUUCAUCCAUUCUCAUCAAAUAUAUCAAACUAAUUGACUAUGCCUAGAUCAAUGUGGUGUUGGCUACCCCGGAUUUAGAAACACAAUCCACGGUUUUCCAGCUUAUCAUGCUUGGCCCUGGUUAGUGUGGUUAUCUCCCAAUAGCCAGUCUCAACCGUCAUGUCCUGGUGUUCAAGUCAGCAGUGAUUGGUUACUUACAACACGUGAUUGUGCGAGGAAAUUUCCGAAUUACGACAUCACUACAUACACAGGUAUAUGCAUGGGUUUCGCGCGUUAUAUCAUUUUUUUGUAUACAAUUGAAACGACUUUUUCGCAGUUGAAAAGCGCUUAUGAACUAAACUGAACUAAAAUAGCCUACAUUUAUACCAGAUAGCUCUAUCAAUUCUAAACUGCCCUCCUUGGAGGUCUAUCUUGAUUAUUUAUCCAGUGUUAAUACAGGAGGAAACCUAAACUAAACUGCCUAAAUUUUUUAUGCCGGAUAGCUCUAUCAGUUCUAAACUGUUCUCUCUAUAAGUCUCAAGGGGGCUGGCGGAAUACCCAGAGAAAUACCGCGGUGAGUGUUAAACACACCGGCCAUUUUGUUACCAACAUUCCAUACCUAAUUCGACAGGACAUUUUAUUAAUAGUAAACAAGAAAAAAAGAAGAAAUGUUUUGAAGAUUGAAGAACGUUCCACUAACACAUUGCAACCAGGUAACGCUAUCCAGUUCCUCCGAAUUUUGUAAAUUCAGGCUGUAAAUUUUUGCUUGCGGAAAACAUAUUUAGAUAACUGAACUCUCCUGAACUUGCUAUCAUUUUUAGUUAUCCUAAAGCUGACCAACUCCACGUCAACAAGACUGACAGACAAACUUUGCCUUCCUUCAAGUAUUCCAUUACAAAACCGCGUUACAAAUUGUUAUCUGUUGGGUAAGCAAACCUCGAUUUCAUUCUGCAAUGCUACGGUAAUUAUGCAAAUGUAUAGAUGAAAUCAUGUUUUGGUGGUUUAUAGGACUAUCAACGCUUGACCAUGAAAAGAGUUUUGUGGAAUUUCCAGCAAUAAUUCUAUCAACUAGAAAAUGUCAACGCGAUAUACAAGCAGCUUCUAAGACAAAUCUGGAUCUUACUAGACAGGUUAGUAUGUCAAUCGGAUUGCCAAAACUAUUGCCAUAUUGUUUUCUGUUGUUAAUAUAUUUCAUGGCAAUUUAUAUUGUUAUUCAUAGCUGUGUGUUCAAGUGAACAGUUCGUUCAGCUUCAACGACAGCCAGCUACGCUAUGGAUAUCUUAUUUGUAAAAACUCGAUUAUGAACAGCUGGAUACUUCAAGCCAUGGGCUCGUUCUUCAACUCUGAUUUCAAGCAAAAUACUUUGGUGUUGAAGAGAGUUUCAUUCGAUGUUGAUUGGAUAGAAAAUAUCACUAAUGUUUCUUCUGUAAGCCCUGAUGUCCGACGCUUUACCGUACUAACUCUAACACAAGGUAAUGGGAAUUGUCAUAUUGCCAGGAUUUUUACGCGUACUGACGUUACAUCAUCUCCUCAAUUUUUCAAGUUGACUAUUUUUGGAUUUUCUGGUUUAACUUGGUUACGGUCGAGGUUACGGUUAGGUUCAGAUUAGGGGUUAAGGCGUUAGGGUAGGGUUUGGGUUAGUGUUUGGAUUAGUUUAGCUUAAUAAUUAAGCUAGGUUUCUACUGGACCUCUAUAGGAAGACCAGAUUAAAACUGAAAGAUGAGUCAAAGAUCUAUCGGAUGCAAAUAAAGUUAGUUAUAGUUAAGUCUGUCAUUCACUUACCCUAAAUAUUUGUCAUCCCAGCUCCAAUAACUAAAGGCUUCCAAAUCAUGGAAAGAACAAAUCAAGAAUGCCUCACGUUCGAGUCAAACAAACAGAAAUUCACGUACACACCUUGCAAUAGCCUGGAUAUCUCGCAGCGUUUUGAAUGGACCCGGUAUCAUCAGCUUGUCACACUUCACUCGAAUUCCUGCCUCGAAAAUGAUGGAACUCAUUUUCAUUUUCUGCAAACGACUCGCUGCACUUCGACACGGCGUAGUCAAGUCUGGAUUUGUGAAGGAAACACUAUAACGAAUGUUUUCUCCCGUAGUUACAUUGCUUCAAAAUCUCACAAGCAUUUUGGCGUUGUGCAGUUAACUCGAGUACCUGCAAACUUUGGACAUUUUGUAAUUUUUGGAACGUAUGAUAAUUUGUGCUCAUUUCGGCCCACGGGUGAGUUUAUGUCUCCACAGUAAAGGAGAAAAAUCCAGCUAUAACCGAAACACAACACAUUGAAAUUUUAUUGUUUAGUGAAAGGUGUGAUGAAAUGCGACUUCAAUCGACAUCGCACAUGUGGUUUUGACGGCGUGGAUAGUUCUGCUCAAUUUAUGUGGAGGAUUUCUAGAACUGGCUCAAAUGAAUUCAAGCGAUUUCCAUUACUAGUGGCAACAGGUAUCUCUGCUUUUUUGUACAUAUGUUCAAAUAUUUGUGUGAAUCCGUGGUAUAGAUAGUAUUCGACAUAAGCUGCCGUGUUUGAACUACCAGAAAAUGUGACAAGAAAUUAUUAAAAUAUUGCGAGAAAAAGGCUUCUUCUUCCUCAGGAGGUUAAUAACCACUUCUAUAUCUUCCUGAAAAAUGGCCUCCGCUCGAUCUCUUUCAUGUAGUUCAGACACAAACGACGGCAGUCUCCUAAUUGUGAUAGAUUUUUGCGAUGCCAAACAUACAAGGACCUGUCAGUUGAAGGCUGCCAAAGAUCAACCACAAAGUAGUGUAUUAUCUUCAAAUGAUUCAUUCAUUGCAUUGAUAUUUUCUUGACAGACAAAUUCUUCCGAGUUACUCGGCGCACUAAUCGUGGUACCCCUAUCGCAGUUUUACGAAGUCCAACAUUCCGUGGGCAACAAUGUGCAAGGUUUCGCGUCUUUUUUCAAGGCUCAUCGCUCAAUCAACUCAAUGUUUAUAAAGAUGGGGGUGGGGAGGGUAAAAGUAUGUUUCAAAGAAAUGCUACGACUGAUCAUUAUUGGCUUUUUCACCGAGUCAGCAUUGUACCAACGGCGUGCGAAGCUUUUCAGGUGGGUAUAAUUUACAUUUGAUUGUAAUAUACUUAACUAAUUACAGUUAAGGAUUUACUACGGUAGCAACCUCGUUUCCAGCAGCAGUGAAGCCCUGGGAACGAGGUUGCUACGGUAGUUAACUACGUUUUUAUAGAACCUCCACCCAAGCUCUUUCUUCUACGCUCCUGGAAAGAACAUGGGUAAAACGUUGGCUCUUAUACAAUCGGUCCUAGGUAAUAUUGUUUCCCAAAAACAAAAGUUAAUUCAGGAUUCUUUAUUUCGUUAUUAAAGCCCUUUUAGCGACCUAAAAAUCUGUUUAGUGUUUCGCAUGUAACAUGUGGUUCUUACGUUAGGUUGUAUUCGAAGUCGUGUUCUCAGAUUUCACUCAAUCUAAAGUUGCCAUACGUGACAUCGUUAUCUCUCCUGGUGCGUGUCGCUCCCCUACGAAUCGCACAGGCAAGUAUUAGUGAGCUUAAGCAAGUGACGUUUUUGACAACACGGACGUCGACCGGAAGUAAAGUUAACGUUUUUCACCAAUCACAGCCCUUGACCCAGUCUUCUGACGUUACUCAUGCCGUUCGUGUUGUCAAAAACGUCACUUGCUUAAACUCACUAUUUACUAUCUGGACAGCUCUGUUUGUUCUAAACCGCUCUGGCUACUGGUUCAGUAAGGAAGGGUUGAGAUGGAUUCAACUAGCUGAAAAGUACAUAUACAAGUAAAUUGUCAACGUUUCGAGCGAAAGCACUUCAUCGGGAACCUUCGCUCGAAAUGUCAAAGUUUUACUUGUAUUUUUCACGCAGUCGAAUUCAUCUCAAUCGUUAUUGUCACUGGCUACGCUGGCACAGAAGUAAGGGCCAUCCCUUCUGGUUUAAUGUUGCUUCAGUGCAUGCUUAUAUAGUAGAGAGUGAGAUACUGAAAAAUACACAGUGAGAUAUUUUCCACAUCUUCACUAGUGAUUAAAGAAUUUCAUGACAUUUCGUGUACAUGUAGUCAAAAGUGACCUGGUUGUUUUGCUGUAGAUAAAAGUUAUGGAUGGAUGUAAAAAGUUUUUAAAAUCUCCCAUAAUUGGAGAUUAUCUCUGUGGCCAGUCCCUGCCCGAAUUGUAUGUAAAUUCUGUAAAGUAUUAGUCUUAUUUAUGUCUGUUAUGUUUGGCGAAUCUUGUAAAAAAAAUAAAAUAAAAUAGUGAAGAUAUCGAUCACGUGACUUUUUCCAAUUUGCUUUUGAGCAUGAAAUUUCACAAUUUUUUGCUUGGAACUAUAUAAUAAACAAAACAUUACACGGUGGCUUGAAGAUAUGACUUUUAUCUUUUCGUGUUAAAAACAAUAGUUUACUCACUCUUAAAAUAUUGUUUUCACCACUCGAAGAUAAAAGUCAUAUCUUCGCGCCGUCGUGUGGUAUCCUCUACAUAUUGCACGAAUCGUACCCAACCGCAAAACCGUGAAAGGCACUAACCACUGUGAUCUAUAUCUAUGAAUUUACAGACGGUGAAUGCCUCAAAGGUUGGAAAUUAUUCAACGGACAGUGCAUGUAUUUCCACGACACCAAAGUAACUUGGCACGAAGCAUCCGCUGUAUGUCACAUCGCAGACGCAGAAUUAAUCACGCACACUGCGGCAAGCGAGGUCAUCCCGCGUGGACGUCCCGCAUGGUUUGGAGUUCGAAGUUGUCCCAUGGGCAGGCUGUACUCAGCACAGGGUGUUCCGUAUAAUGACACUAGAUUGUUUACGACGCCUGCCUGUCUGCGGACUCAAAAGCUUCGUGAUGGUAAAACUGUAUAUCGAACCGUCCAAUGUGACUUGAAACUGCCUUUUGCUUGUCAAAAAGGUAUACAAUUUUCCGAAAUAUGUAUACUGUAGCCUCAGAUGAUGGAUUUCUGUGACUCAACGCUGCUGACUUUGACUUUCACUUUUGUGGUGUUUUUAGAUCCAAUGACCACUAGGAAUACUUGUGGAUGGAGAAACGUUUCUGCUGUAAAUGACCGUCAGUGGCCGUGGCAUGUGAUGAUAGUUGUGGGUAAUAGAUGUGUAUGUGGAGGGACAUUGAUAGCUCCUGGACAUGUCGUUACCAGUACUUUGUGUUUGUCACGCGUCUGGAUAUUCACAGUGAAGGUAGGAUGAAGGAAUAGCUGCUGUUUGAUUACAAUUUCACCUGGACAACAGUGCUUCCAUGUUGUACUUCGGUUUCCAACUGUGGUGACACUUUACCUACAAAGGAUGACUCUCACUGGACCUCUGGGCAAAAUAGGUUUUUUAAGCUUUCUCUUGUAUUAAUACUGGAAAAAUAAGGGUUGCUCUUAAGGCUAAUUUCAACUGAAUAAAAUUAUCCGUGGAUUGGAACGACAAGAAAAUUUUUCUUUGUCUCGUGAGCUCCGGGUUGGAACUAAUGACUUUAAUACAAAGAAAAAUUUUCUUGUCCGUUCCAAUCCACGGAUAAUUUUCCUAAGUGGAAAUUAGCCUUCACUGGACCUAUAACCGUAUGUAUAGGAAGUACAGUUCAGAACUGAUGAAGCUAUCCAGUAUAAAUAGAGAUAGAAUGCUAAACCACGCAUUGCUGUGCUUUUUUGGCACAUUCUUUUACUCUUCAUUAUUUAGCUGUUUUUCCCAAGUUCUCGCAAAAUGAUACGUAAAAUUACGCGGGUUAUCGACCAUUCUAUGUCUGGAGUGAAGUCAGGUGACAACGAUAUCUCUAUCGUAAUCUUCGAAGACAAUCCUUCUGUUCACUUUGCUUGUGUUAUGCAAAUUUCUCCAUAUUGGACACAUGACGAUGACAACUUAUUAAAGGGUUUGUUUUACACUGUAUUCAAUCAUGUUUUACACUGUAUUCAAUCAAAACUGCACAGACAUAACUAAACUAAACUUUUGUUGUAACAAGUUUGAAACAAGC